AUGGCGUCCACUUCAACUUCAGGCCCGCUGCGGCCUAGCCAGGCUCCAUCUCGUCACUCGAUCAGCACUUCUGCUUCGCCCUCAGAUCGGCUCAAGAAUGGUGCGCCACCGCCAUCCUCGCGAACACAUCAACCCAUCCCCACUCGUGCCAAAUUGAAGCAUGCCGCUACGGCUCCUUCGGCAUCAGCUUUGACCAACACAGUGUCGUAUGCCUGUCAUCAUUGUCACCAGAUGGACACUCGAUUCUACUGCGAGCCAUGCCUCGCUUCCAGAGUCCAAGCGCACCACACCGAGAUGCGCAGGCUUGGACUCGCUCGCGACAAGGCCAAAGCUUCUGUCAGCCAGCUUCUGUUCGAUUCCUCCAGCUCGAGCCUCGAUGAACCCCUUUUCGCGUCUCUGUCGCAACCAACGCAGAUCCACACCAUCAACGAGAAUGCGCUCCCAGAUCCCUUCGACAUCAACGUUCCAGAGCCAUCCUCGUCCUCCGAUGCAUCCCAUCCACUCGUUCUGCACUCGCUGAUCCAGCUACGAGCGCAGCAGGCGACGGUUCGAUCGCGGGUUCAAUCCAUUCAUCAGUGCAUCUCCGAGUCUCAGCAUGCCCACCUUCAAGGCCAAGAAGCACUCAAGGAAAAGUUGGCUCACAUUGCACUCCGAAAACAAAAUCUCGCAAAGGCCUGGUCCGCACUCGAAGGCUCCUCGGCACCCGCCUCCGCCUCGGCUGCUCAGCGCUCUCGUAUAGCAGCCAAGUCUCGUUGGCUUACUCACCCAGCUGCCGAUCACAUCGAUGUUCCUCUCGUCUACACCGACGUCUACACCCACUACGAACGCCAGUCGGACGAUUCCAGCAACGCCACCCCCUUGGCUGCAGAUUCGACUCAACAUCAGCUUGGUGCAAUCCUCACUCGAGCUCGUGCCGACCUUGCCUCACUCCAGACAGAGGGUGUAGCCGUAUCCGCCCAACUUGCAGCAACCAGAGCUGCUCUCGCCCGACAGGCCUUCACUCUCUAUUCCGUCUCUCCUCCGGAUGCCCCGUCCUCCAAGCUGGCCCAGCCUUCGAGAACACGCCCACUCGACCUUUCUGCCAGCAGCUCCGUGGCGCAGCGCAUCAGCCGACUUUCGGAGCGCUACAUUCCAGGCGCCUUUGGGAUGGGUCCAAGCAAUUCGCCCUCUACUCCCGUCCAUGUUCGCAGCCCUCACCACGACGCAAUCUCUGCCGCUCGACCCCCUAGAGCUUCUCCUGCACCGUCGUCGACGCCGUCCUCCUCCAAUAACUGGACGAUUACGUCGCUUCCACUGCCGCUGCCCAGCGAUGCACGUCGCUAUCCACGCGAAAAUGUCAACGGCGCUGUUACGUACGCUGCUAACUUGAUUCAACUUGUCGCUGCCUACCUCGGCGUCGCUCUGCCUUUUUCAAUCGAGCAGCACAAGGGCAGGUUGGCCAUCCGCCCCGAUCCACUGUGGGAUGGCGGUGGCGGCUCGAGUGCCAAGCAUCUCUACCUCUCGUCGAGCGCAUAUACUCACCUCACCGCCUCGCCUUCCCCCGCUGCUCGACCUUCCAAACUCAACAAUCUUGCAGAGUCCACCUACGGUCUGGGCGCAUCGACUCUGUCCACCAUUGAGUCGUACAUCCAUCUUUCCUCGGGCGCCGCACUGCCAUGGGGCUUGUCGUCCACCGCAGUACAUUCCUCCAAAGCUGGCAGCGGCCCGGUCAACACAGACGCGGACACUGACCAACAUCGCCGAUCGGAAACAGAGGCACGCUCGACUUCCAAAGCCAAGCCGGAUCAAGCUGCAAAGUCGUUUGUCUCGGCGCUCGUCAUGCUUUGCUACAACGUCGCCUAUCUUGCCACCAAGCAAGGCAUCAAGCUCGACCUCGUCGCGGCUGCAGCCAACCCACUCGAGCUUCUCAGCAGAACCAUGCAGCAAGCCGAACUCGGUCGUCUCGCGCAUGCCAAUUGCAUUCGUCCCUCGAGCAUCCAGGACCUCAGCUUGACUAGCUUGGAUUACGAGCAGCUUGCUCAGAUCCUGGAGCCCAACAAUGCAGCUGCAGAUACCUAUCAGCGUGGUGUCUCCAAGAACAACUCGCACAAGGCCGCUACUACACCGCGUCAGUCGCUUUCGAAACCGACCAAACUGCCAGCCAAGAUACUUGAACAGAGCUACGUGGAUGUUGGCGAAGCAGCAGCCUCGGUGCUCGACAUUAAAGAUCCUGGCUCGCAGCCCGCCGCUGUUCGCACGCCCCUGAAAAGGACGGAGAAGCAUCCAGAGUUGAGCGCAGCCCGAAGAGGCACGCGAACAGAUACGGUGAGCAACCUGCAGAAGCAACGAGUCGGCGCAGAUACGCGCCUUGGCUCGCCGACGCCUCCGCAGCCUCCUCCCUCGCUCGACUUUUUACGUCAGCGCGGGCGCGAUGCCUCCCAAGCGAAAGACGCGCCAUCGAGCAGGGAUGCUCUAUCGAACAGGGAUGCUUCCCAUCGCUCGAAUGCGUCGCACACUGUACCAACCAAGGUCGGCCCUGGUGCUGUCAUUUUCAAUGGUGUCGAAGUGGGCGUUGGCAACCUGAGCUCGCCCGAAUCGGCGCGAGGGCUCGGGCCCAAAGCUCGCAACCUGCCCGCUGAUGAAGGCUGGGAUCUUGUCUAG